AUGCCCGUGCUUGUCAGUUACCACAAUGUGGUACAAUGCACACCCCUGCCUAUUGGUGCGGUAUGUGGCGUCCAUUUGAACCACAUCCGAAUACUCUGAGUACAAAGCCAGCAGAGCCGGCGUCGUGAAACAGGCGGCACGCAGCUUUCCGUCAACACCGUAAAAGAACUCGGGAUAGCAGCCACCCUUCAUAGUGUAAAGGGCGUUCUUCAUACCCUUUACCGUCGGAUCACACCGGAACACACGGCGGCGCAUGUUAAGUAGGUCCUUCAUCUUGUAAUUCAGACCAUAGCAACAUACGGCUGUGUUUAGAAAAAAAGAAUGCUACUUUUUAGGAACACCUUCAGCCGCCCCGCUGAGGGUCGCAUCUGCUGCAUCAACUGUAGCAGAUUUUUCUCGUCCUGUGCCGCUAACCGCCGGAACUUGGGGUAAGUUGAGGCCAUUUGUUGACUGCAUAGAUGGUUGUGACGCAGAUUAAACGCCUUUACCCGCAGUUUGCCCUCAGUUACCAUGGCAGUAAAGCGUGCCGUGCAACCAAACUUCAGAGACCUAAACCGUUUGAAAUUCAGCAUCACUUGCUUACGUUGACUUUGUCCGGGAGCCGCAACUACGAAAAACUCCAGAAUGGCAACAUAUGAAGUAUAUAUAGCGAAACUUCAACGUGUCAAACAGAGGAUGCCCGGACGGGAGUCUCUCACUCUUCCGUUUAAUGAAGCUGGUAAAGGAAGCCUGCAAAGGAAUAGGUCUGUUAUAGAGGCUUACCUUCUCGUAUUCUCUUACAGCAGACAUUAGCUCCUCGUAGCUCUCGUAGACUCCAGACUCUAACAGUUGGCACUUAAAUAAACCUGUUCCGGAGAGCUUAUCUUCGUCUUCAGACCCACUGAAGUCCGUGAAUUGCAUCUGGACCAAAUCUAUAGAUCUCUUAUCGGGAAACCUGUGGGUAUCUGACUGCAAGUAGUUCGUAUAAACCACUUGAAAUGAUUUCGAACUUUCGGCUAAGGAAGCAUAUUCUUUCCGUUGGGAUUGUUGUUCCUAUGAGCAGCGCUCUUCUUUCAAUGACUUGCAGAAGCAAUAAACUGCUGUGUGUGAAUACAGACAGCCGCCAUGUUCUGCUCUCUGCAGUGAUUCUCUCCUGGGUGAAAGUAUCAAAGGCGGCCGUCAGUUAGCCCCGGAUAGUCUGCUUUCCACGUCUAUAAAACACCGCAAGCCUUCUGCUAAUGCCUCUUCAGUUUCGAAGGAUACCGUAUCCCAAGUAUGCUGGCACAGCAGACAACCAUGACCACUGGGGCAAUGGAAAUGUGGCAGUACGGUUUUCCUUCUAGUCUGUUUCAGCAUCGACAACGACCGUCAACAGUGUUAGGGAAAUUACUGCCUCCUGACGUCUGUUGCCAUCCUCCUUUUCCCAGGUUGAUCAAUGCGCUUCGGGACUUGUCCGACCCCAUCGAUGUCGUUUCAAGGACGUCCCCACCCUCUGCACCCACACAACCUGCCGGCGGAUAUUCUUCAAGCACCAGCGCCGGCAGCGUCUACAACAGCAGACCAGCCUCACGGGCUUGCCUCCACCGGGCCCCGCCUGCUUCACAACUGAGCUGGAGGCCCCAGAUGACCAACUGCUGGCCUGCCUGUCUGAAUGCGUUCAGCGCAUUCGCGAGCCAUUUGCGCCCGAGGAACGUUUGGACACCGAGGCGGCAGCCACUCUGGAGCAGGAGUACAAUCGCAUGGACACCUGCAUCCGGCGGAUUAUUCGCGUCGUGAAAGUGUUGCCCUAUUUUAACGAGAUUGGGAAACCCGCCCAGCUCAGCCUCCUACGCGUACGUUCUUGCUGA